AUGCACUUGAUGACCGCGACACGACCGGACAUUGCCUUUGCUGUGAGUUACGUUUCGCGCUUCAUGGAAAACCUCCAAGUCGAGCAUUGGAUGGCGGUCAAGCGCAUUUUGCGAUACUUACAAGGGACUAAGUCGGACGGCAUCUGUUUCAAGUCUGAUGACAAGAUAGACUUCUGCGGCUACUCGGAUGCAGACUGGGCCGGCGACCAUGCAGACCGCAAGUCGACUUCGAGAUAUGCGCUCAUCCUGAUGGGUAAUCCGGUGAGCUGGGGAAGCAAAAAGCAGUCAAGUGUGUCGCUGUCAACAAGUGAAGCUGAGUGCAUUGCAUUAAGUCUGGCUAUUCAAGAAGGCAAGUGGGUGCAUCGAUUGCCAUGCGAGAUUCUGGAUGCCGCAGAGGACAAGUCUGGACCCGAGCUCAAGAUCAUGGAAGACAACCAAUCGUGCAUCAAGAUGACGAAGAAUCCUGUGAACCAUGGUCGGGCCAAGCACAUCGACACUUGUGGUCCAAUGGAAGUCGACUCUAUUGAGGGUUACCGGUACAAUCCGAACCUAGCGCGUAGUUCUUACGAGAUAGUUUUUACAUCGGUAAUUACCUCAGAGAUGAUUAGACGCGUAGGAUGA